AAAUAGCAGCGGUAUACUAAACAACAAGACCAAACAAAACAAACGUGUUUUCUGCAUCUUUCGUUAUUCCCUCUUUCCGCGGAAAAGCGUUUUUGUCUUUGUUGCACCCUUUGCUUAAGUUGUUUUAAAAAGUGCAAUACUGAGUCAUGUUUUCUAAGAAACCUGUGCUGUUAAUAAACUACUGUCGCUGUUAGAUUUUCUUAGGUUAUCACAAAUCAUGAGGUCCAUGAGGUCUUCACUUGUGCAAAUAGGCAACGAACUCUUGAUAAAUUUUGGCGCCAGAUUGUCUUCACCCUUCUGUGGAAGAGCAAGUCUGAGCAAGAUGGCAAGAGAUUCCAAAAACUCAAAACCUUUCACAGUCUUUGUUGAGGGAAAUGUUGGAAGUGGUAAAACCACAUUUUUGAAACAUUUUGCCGCUCUUGACAAUAUUGUGACUCUUACUGAACCAGUUGAUAGAUGGCGUAACGUACGAGGGCAAAACUUCCUGGACUUGAUGUAUACUGACCCAUCUCGCUGGGGAAUUACAUUCCAGACAUAUGUUCAACUUACAAUGUUAGAUUUGCACACUAAAGCGGUUGAGAGCCCAGUUAAAAUGAUGGAACGUUCAAUUUUUAGUGCAAGGUAUUGCUUUGUUGAAAAUCUUCACCAGAGUGGAUUGAUGCCUGAACCAGACUUCAUAGCACUUGACGAGUGGUUCAAUUGGAUUGUGAAAAAUCAUGACAUUUCUGGUAAUUUAAUAAUUUACCUCCGAACUUCACCUGAGGUUGUCCAUAAAAGAAUGAUGGCCAGAGCAAGAACUGAAGAAAGCUGUGUACCUCUUGAGUAUCUUGAAAAGUUACAUCAACUUCAUGAAAAUUGGCUCUUUCAUCGCACUUCUUUUUCAUGUCCUGCUCCAGUUGUAGUAAUAGACGCGAACCAGGAUCUGAGCCUUAUGUCUGCUGAGUUCUCAAACUGUGAAGCUAAAAUUGCAGAUGCUCUAGCAAAGAACCAAAACCAAAGGAACAUCCCAUCUUCUCCAUCAAAGAUUAAUAUACCAUCGUCCUCACCCGUUAAAGUAGUUUCAAGGUCAUAGUUUGUUAAGUUUCUUGUUUAUAUAUUCUGAUGUAUUUUCUCAAGCAACCUUUGUACUUAUUUAACAGUCAUGUUUUGACCGUAGUUUGUAGAAAUAUUUUUUUAUUGAUUUUGAUUGUAUUUGAGCCCUAUACUUUCUCACCAUUACGUCAUUCCAACGUCGUUCAAGACCAAAUUUGUUUGUGAUUAUUUAGAAUAAAAGGCAAAAUAUUUUUA